AUGGCGCCGGCGCCGCCGCCGCUCCCGGCCGCUCGCAGAGAGCAGCCGCCUCAGACCCAACAUGGCGGCGGCGCCGGCUCCGCUACCCUCCCCCAGCCUCCCGCCCUCAAGCCGCGGCGCGGCGGCGGCGGCGGCGGCAGCGGCGGCGGCGCGGGGCAUGCUGGACGGGGAGGCCGAGCUCUCGCGAGACUCGUCUGGCGGCCGGUGGCUCAGGGCUCCUUCGCGGCCUUGGAAGUCCUAGCAGUGUGGCUGGCCUGGUGUGUCGCUGUCGUUCCCCGAGGCCUGAGAGGAGAUCCAGGGAUAGGCCAGGAGCCUCGGAAUGUAAGGAUACUGUGGGCUGGCGUGGCGCCGCGCGCGGUCCUCUUGACCUCCGCUGUGGCCUACGCCAUUUCCAGACCCUUUGAAACCCGUCCUGAGUCCGGUGUCAUUGCAAAAGCGGAUCCCUCUAGCUGGAAAGUUCUAACGUGCCUCGAAGCUCUUGAUAAACUGGAUGACAUUACCAACUCAGUGGACAUGAGUCUGCGCAAACUCCGGGAGACAGGAAAGGACAGGGAAGCCUGGCGUGCUGCAGCCCAUGGGGUCGCAGAGUCGGACAUUACCUAGAAACGGAACAACAGCAACAGAUGAACUGUACCUUCAAACUGGCUGGGAAGACCAGGUCAAAUGUAGACUUCUCUGACUCCUUGGAGUUCCAUGUCAGAAGAUGGUGAAGGGGGAACACCACCCCCAACCUUGGCCCAGUCCCUCUUCUCUUCCCACUCUCAGCUCUUUCCAACAGUGUGAAGGCCCCAUCUGUGUGGUCAUUUCUGUCCACAUUCCUCCAAACAGCCUCUUGAAGUCACACUCACGCCUAAGGAAAAACAUCCUGUUAGUGGCAAUGUGUCAUGCUUCACGAUGGUGGACGUGGGAAGAGAGGCCUAUGGAGGCCUAUUUAGAAACAGGCUUGAGGUGGGACUCCCCUGGUCGCCCACUGGCUAAGACUCUGUGCUCCCAGUGCGGAGGACCCAGGUUUGAUCCCUCGUCAGGGAACAUGACACAGCCUUUGUGCCUCAACUAAGACUGGCCCAGCCAAAUAACUAAAUAAAUAUUAAAAGAAGAAGAAGAAAUAGGCUUGAGGCUCUUUGGGCAUGGAAUUCCGGAGUCCUGGGCCACUGGGAUGUAUGGAAAUUUUCAUAGAUCUGAUAAUUAGGUAAUAGCAUUGUAUUGAUAUUAAUUCCCAGUUUGAAAAUUGUACUGCAAUUGUGUACAUAGUUCUUUUUUAAUGUGGACCAUUUAAAAAAUCAUUAUUGAAUUUGUUACAAUAUUGUUUCUAUUUUAUGUUUUGAGUGGGAUCUUAGUUCCCAGGUCAGGGAUCAGAACAGCAGCCCCUGCAUUGGAAGGGGAAGUCUUAACCACUGGACCACCAGGGAAAUCUACAUAGAUGUUUUGCUUUUAGGAAGUACACAAUAAAAUAUUUAAGAAUAAAGGGAUAUGGUGGCUGCAACUUACUCUCAAAUAGAAAUAAUGACAAUAAAAAUACAUAUAUAUGUAGAGAGAGAAAAAACGUAAAGCAAUGUGGCAAAAUGUUAGCAAUUAGUCAGUUUUCUGUGAAUCUUUCUAGGAGUUCUUUAUAUUCUUUUUGCAACUUUUCUAUAUGUUUAAAUACAGAAAAUAUGCUUUUCACAAUAAACAGUGAAACAGUAAGAUGUAGGGACACGGCAUCCCUUCUCCCCUUGUCACCACUGUACUCCUCUCCCUCCCCUCAGCAUUAUGCUGACUGUAAUUCAACAAAUUAUAACAAAUAACAAAAGAAAAGGAAAUGAGUAUAGUUACAGAAAACAAAAGGGAAAAAAAAGUCAUUUGGGGCAGCUGAUGUAAGUACCUAUGCAAGGCCUACUAG